GCUUCCAGGCCGCCCUGGUCCCGCUCGCUGGGCUUAGCUGGGCGAGCGGAAACGCCUCCACUUUUCAAAACAAAGAGGAGAAGCGGGAGGCGUGUGUGGCGCGCAGGGCUCAGAUAGGUCUCUUCUGCCCGGGCGCUUCAGCAUCGCUGGGGGACAAUGGAGGGGAGCCUGGGAAGCGGCCGGCGCUCGAGGUCAGACGGUCAGCCGGCGCCUGCGAAGAUCUCGCCGGCCACAGAGGAGCUGCAGAGCCGCUUGCAGGAGACCCUGGACUUGCUAUCCUCGCAGGAGCUGCGCAGCUUCCGCGACCACCUUAAGAAAGUAGAGCCGCGCGCGAGCCAGGUGAAGCUGGAGCUGGAGGGCCACAGCUCGUCGGGGCUGGCCGGGCUUCUUGCCAAGCUCUAUCCGCCGGCCGCCGCCAAGCGCGUCCUUGUCCAGGUGCUGGAGCUGCUGCCCCGCGCAGACCUGCUGCCGCGCUGGCAGAGCGCCCCCACCGAUUGCCCUGUGAUUCCACGAAAGAUUCCAAAGAGAAGCUACGACUGUGUGGAUGGUGAAUUGGACCAUUAUGACCUACGUGGCAGGCGGGAGGCCUUCCUCAUGUGUGUGAAGAAGAACAGGCCAGGAGCUCACCAGGAUGUCCAACUGAUGAAGGAUUGGCUUAACGAGUGCAAGUUCGAACAGACGUUGUGCAUCGAUCCUGACAAAAUG